CCUGGACCGCAACAGCCUCCGCCAUCAGGAUCUGUAAAAAGUACAGUUAAGGACGUUUCUCGGGAUGUGCCGUUCCACGCUGGAUCCUUACGAAGACGCUCAAAAUGUAGACGAAUCCUGCGCCUGGAAAAUCCUAAACGUGUUCACGUUAGCAGAUAAUAUGCCGAUGGACUGUGAUCAAUGGCCGGAAAAAUUAAUCAAGAACUCCGGAUAUGAUUUAUUGUCUCUUGAUGAAAAAUACAAGCUGCUCGUCUCCUCGCCAACAGCAAAGUUCCCGUACCCGUGCCCCAUGUGCACCUUCAAAACCCGGAACAAGAAUACAUUGCGGGAUCACAUUCUUCGGCUGCACAUCGAUGAGUGCGCGUAUUCCUGCGAGAUUUGUGCGGAUGAGUUCAAGGUGAAGGCCGACCUGACCCAGCACCUGAAGACGGAACACACCACGAAAAAGUGUUUCAUCUGCGGCAUCGUGUUCAAGUACCAUCGAUCCUUCGUGGGUCACAUGAAACGGAAGCACGCGAACCAUCCGUAUCAAUGCGCCAAAUGCAACCACUACUCGGAAUCGCUGGCGGCUCUGAAGAAGCAUGAAAAAUGGCACGCGAAGAUGAAAAAGAGAUCCGUGGUGACGUGCCCGAAAUGCGGCAAACAGGUACGUGAUUACAACGUUCUGACGCACAUGUUCAAGCACAACGACAUGAUGUCGAACAUGUGCCCAAUCUGCGGGAAACGCGUGCAGAAGCCGAGCGCCAUGCAGGUCCACCUGCUCACCCAUUCCGGCAUAAAGCCGUACGUCUGCGACAUGUGCGGGAAAAAGUUCUCGCAGAAAGUGUGGCUCCUUAAACACUGGACGCGACAACAUCCCGGGCCGCAGCCGUUUGUGCCGACGAUAUCGCUGAAAGAAAUAGUCACGGACUUUCUCGAGACGUACAAGCACGUGAAACAGGAGAUUAAUUAAUAAGAGCAUCUUCUAUGAGCCAGGCUCGGACAACUGGCGGCUUGCUUGACCGGGAAAGCUGAAGCAUUUGUACGAACACACGACAUAAGCAGGAUGUGUGAAUUGAUUUAUUCUAAAAUUGUUCGAAUUGUUUCGCUUUCCUACUCGAGCUUCUUUUGUAAAUAACAGUCAAAUCAGCGUCGGAAACGUGUGAAUAAACUUAUCAGUAUUUCUGAUGGAACUGGCGAUCAACUAAUUCAAUCAAUAAUCUAUGAGAUAUGACAAGGUUUUGCAAUCCGAGUUUAUUCUUUUGCAUGUACGAUAAUUUGUUCCUAAUUGCGCAGAAAAAUGGACGAUUCGGGGAGAGGUGAUACGAUUAUUCGAGCCUUGCGUCUCGUUUUCGUAAUUGUUCACAAUCGAUAAAUACAAAAACUGAAGCGAGAGGUUCCUAAGGUGAUUUGAAGUAACUUUUUCCUUAGCGAAAAUGCGAUCCGCGGCUUCGUUCACGAGUUAUUAACGAAAAGCACUGACCAAUGAGGGCGCGAGCUCGGCUGACGCUCCGCCCUUGCGGCCAAUGCCGGGUCGCGCCUGCUGCGUCUGACGCAGUGGCAGUGAUCGCGAGGGCGGGGCGUCAGUCGUACGCGAUCGCUCAUUGGCCACUGUUUUUCGUUAAUAACUCGUGAACGAUGCCUCGGAGAACAUUUUUGUAAAGGAAAAAGUUGCUUCGAAUAAUCUCGGGAAUCUCUUUCUAAAGUACUAUAAUUAUGGGACACCCUGUAUAACCGCAAGACUUGUAUAAUCGUAUCUUCUCUUCCCAAAUUAUCCAUUUUUGUGUACGACUUAAGCGUCAAUUAGGGAGAAUUUAUUAUAGUCAUACGUGAAACGUUCUCGAACGAAAGUACGAACUUUUUCAAUGACUAUGUUAAAUACCCACAGUGAUAAUACGCUAAUAAUAAUGGUAAACCGCAAUGCCAGAGGCAGAAAAUGUUUCCAUAAUCGUUCUUCUUUUAAAAAUGUGACUUAUCCUUUCGUGGAUCGUUUUGUUUCGUAUUUCAAAUGCACCUUUUUCCAAGUGCAGUUCAUUUCGCGAUUGCCUUCAGAGUGGAAUUAUAUAAAGUGUGUCCCCGAAAUACGUAUCCACAAGCGGGCGUCGGAUGAUUCCUCGCAAAAGAACGCGAGAAAAAUAUGCAAUAAGGUUUUUUUAAUGUUUAGUUAAUUAGUUUCGUCAAUCUUAACCCUUUGCACUCGAGUUUUCUAAAUAAUGUCAACAUUAUCGAAUAAUCUGUUUAUAUUUUAAAAAAUACUGUAAGAAAAACUAUUUUGGAUUUCGUGUUAAAACGACGUCGAGUUCAAAGGGUUAAUUUGUCAAUCGAUUUAAUCUUCGACGGUAUGUCUCCUAAUUUUUAUUUUUAAUUCGUGCUAAAUGCGUGUUGUUACGUAAAGAUCUGGCGACUGUGUGAGUGUACUGCGACGUUGCAGCUUCGUGACGUCACUUUUCCAUAUGAAAUGAUCGUCUUGAAUGAGUUAUCGCCUGCGAUAAAUCGCUACUCGGCUCGAAACUCAAAUUGUAAUCGCGCCGAUUGUAAUCCGCGUUUUAGCGAGCGUCGUUUCGCGACAAAAUCUAUGAUACCGAAUUAGCAUACCGAACGAACAGCUUCCGCGGAACAUUGUAAAAAGCGCGGACACUUGGGCGCAGCCACGUGGCUGCCCGAUUUGUUCAUCGCACUCGAUUAAAGAUUAAUUCUGAGCCAA